GAGCACUGAUCGAAGUUUUGAUCACAUCUUACCUCGGUUAGUCUCACGACAGGUGAGCACGAGAGCAGCCCCAUUUUACAGGUGAGGAGACUAAGGCCAGAGAACUUGGGUUACUCGCCCAAAUUCACACAGCAAAAAACAGUAGGAUCUCAGCUGGAAUUCUGAGACUCGCACCAGGCUUUCUGACUGCAGCACUGGCUCAUGCCUGUUCAUCAUCAUGGAAGAGGAAGGAGAGGAGGCAUGUGCUGACACGUCCCUCCCCCUGUUAAGUGUCAGGCGCUGGGAUCUGAUCAGUUACAUCUGUUAUCCCACAGGCAGAGCCUCGAACUCAUUUUCACUGGGGGCCACGUCAGCCUCGCAGCUGACUGCAAACGACCAAAUAUAACAUUAGGACUGUAUAAAUGGAACUACUCCUUAACAGGUAAGCGAAAGCUUGGCACUGCCAGCUGGUAGAAACCAGGUGUCGGGCCCGAUAAAACAGGGUGGAGGGCCGGUUCCGGCCCGCGGGCCUUGUGUUUGCCACUUGUGCCGCAGCAGUUUCCACAACAGCCCUGAGAGAGUGGCCUGCUUUCUUCCCAUUUUACAGGUGGGAAAACUGAGGCCCAGAGGUAGCUAGCUUGCCCAGGGACACAUCCCCAGAGCUAUUUGUACCUCAUAGCCCAGAACUUGGCUCACAAAGCAGGGGAGAAAAAUGCAGAAUGAUUCUAGAAGGCAAGACUGGCUUUAUAAACUGAAACGCCCAUCAGGCAGUAGGAUGGGGGCGGUGAAGAUCCUCAGGCCGCAAACAUCCCCCCUGCAGCCGCCGCUGUGCACCCACCCCCUCUUCGGCAGGCAGGCAGAAUCAGUAGCUCUCAUGUGGGGCCAAGGGAGCUCAGCGUGCUGUCAACUUGCUGGCCACUCUGGAAUAAGGCUCAUAAAAUGUAAAUGUAUUAGCUGGGGCGGUAAGUGGAGAAGGGCAGAAGAAAUCGCUCUUCAUGAACUCGGAUGCAUUUCUCAGAUGAGCUAGGCAAUAGCAGGGGAGAGGUCUCCAAACUAGGUGACCUGAGAGAGAGGAUCUGCCACCUAAGUGACCAUCUAUCUAUCGCCAGGGUCUGGAAAGGGAAGCUGGUACAGCAGGAGAGGGAGAAAGGCCUCCCAGUGGCUACAGCCAGGGUGUGCCAGGUCCCACCCUCAGAGGCGGGGCCAGGCUGAGACCGGCUUGGCCGAGGGCCUCAGCUCCGCCCACCCCAGAACCUAGGCAAGGGCAGAGCCUGGGCUGCCAAGAGCCCUGGGUGCUGCUGUCCUGCGGAGCGGAGGCACCAUGCUCUCCCAGGCCAGGACAUCGGGCAUCCCCGGAAGCCCUGUGAGGCUGGCUGCGGAAGCUCCCUGACACUCAGAGGAAGGCCCAGGCUGGGUGAGCAACACCUGUCUCCCACUGCCAUGCAUGCCGGCAGUUGCUGCAGCUCUCCCCUGUCCCCGGGCCCAAGAUGACACCCAACAGCACCAGGGAGGUGCCCGGCGCCGUUCCCAUGGGGGCCUUUGGACUCUCCCUGGUCCUGGCUAGCCUCAUCGUCGUGGCCAACCUGCUCCUGGCCCUGGGCAUCGCCGGCGACCGCCGCCUGCGCAGCCGGCCUGCGGGCUGCUUCUUCCUGAGCCUGCUGCUCGCUGGGCUGCUCACGGGGCUGGCGCUGCCCGCACUGCCAGGCCUGUGGAGCCAGAGCCGCCGAGGCUACUGGUCCUGUCUCUUCCUCCACUUGGCCCCCAACUUCUCCUUCCUCUCCCUGCUCGCCAACCUGCUGCUGGUGCACGGGGAGCGCUACGUGGCCGUGCUGCGGCCCCUCCGGGCCCGUGGGAGCACUCGGCUGGCCCUGCUCCUCACCUGGGCCGGCCCCCUGCUCUUCGCCAGCCUGCCCGCUCUGGGGUGGAACCACUGGGCCCCCGGUGCCAACUGCAGCUCCCAAGCCGUCUUCCCAGCCCCCUACCUCUACCUCGAAGUCUACGGGCUGCUGCUGCCUGCCGUGGGUGCCUCGGCCUUUCUCUCCGUCCGAGUGCUGGCCACUGCCCGCCGCCAGCUACGGGACAUCCGCCGGCUGGAGCGGGCAGUGUGCCGCGGGGCGCCCUCGGCCCUGGCCAGGGCCCUUAGCUGGAGGCAGGCGAGGGCGCAGGCCGGAGCCACCCUGCUCUUCGGGCUCUGCUGGGGGCCCUACGUGGCCACCCUGCUCCUCUCGGUGCUGGCCUAUGAGCAGCGCCCGCCACUGGGGCCCGGAACUCUGCUGUCCCUCAUUUCACUGGGCAGUGCCAGCGCAGCGGCUGUGCCUGUGGCCAUGGGACUGGGCGACCAGCGCUACACAGCUCCCUGGAGGGUAGCCGCCCAAAGGUGGCUGCGGGUGCUACGGGGGAGAGCCUCCCGGGGCAGUCCCGGCCCCAGCACUGCCUACUGCACCAGCAGCCAAAGCAGCAUGGACCUGGACUUGAACUAGGGGGGGGGGGGGUAGGGCUCUGCUCACUCCUACUAGCAGCAUCCAUCCAUCUCAGCCACCAAGCCCGUCCCCACUUGUCUGUCUCCACACCUCUGGAUCGGAGAGCCUGCUCCGAGUUUCCCACACCCUGGUCAAAUAAAACUCCUCUGGCCCAGUUUAUUGGUAACUUAUUCCACAGCGCAGAAGGGAAGAGGCAGGUGGAACAGCCGUGGAAAGAACCUAGAGCC